AUGUCAAGAAAAAGUGUUCUCGGUACUUCGCAAGAAGAAUUUUACGAAAGAGUACUGUACGCCAGGAGUAAGCUGCUGGUUGGUGCUAAACCAGCUGUGGUAGGUGGUAAAGCAAUAACAGAAGAGGAAGCCACCGAACUUCGAGUUGUAACCUUCGGUUCAGCGUCAUGUCCACCUCGAGGGGAGUGGGUUCGGACCCCGCUGAUUAUGAGACCCCCGGACCAAACGCUCGGGUAUGGACUAUCGGCACCACGGAAUGCCGCUAGAUCUCUAUUGUCCGGACUCCAAGCUCAUAUCAUUAAGUGGUUGCUGUUCGAUUCCCGGCCACAGACAAAGGAUAAUAAGUCUGCUUUGCCUCCCGACACCUAUCUACGACCUUCCGAAGAACGCCAAGAGGAAGCGCUAUGGCGUGCCUGUAGCGAGGUCAUAUGGCGCUGCGCAGGUGGCUUCAAUAUCCAAUCUGGAAUUGAACCCAAAGCUAUUGUAGGCUUACCAAGUGAUAACAAUUAUGUACAGCAUAGCUCGCAUUAUUAUCAAGAUGGUAUCACUGAGAAGCUGCACUUGUUCGAUUUCAAGAAAUUAGAGGAUCUUCAGAUUUUUAUAAAGCGCUACCUAUAUUUGUUUCAAACUGAAGAUGGCUCUGGCGCGUUGCUUUUGUUGUAUGCUGUUGUACUGUCAAGAGGGUGUGAGAAUAUCAAAAAAGAUCUUGACGGGAAGCUACCGUAUCUAGUAUCAGCACACGUGGAAGGUUCAUUGAACAUCGUGACACUGCUUCUAACAGGACGAGCUACUCCGUACCUUCACAAUGGAGUACUAUACGUUGGAGAUGAGGAUCAUUAUGCGCUGCCACAAUUCGGUAUUCUAUCCCGCAGUCCGGUCGGUUUAUUGGUGUGGUAUGGAGGCGAUGAUAACGCGAAGGACAAUAUCAACAGACAGUACCCUGGGUCUAGGUUGAAGACACCUGCAAUGCCAAUAUGGGUGACCAGUUGUUCAGGACAUUAUGGCGUACUGUUCAAUACUAAUCGCGAGUUGCUGAGGAAUUACCACGCUGAACGGAGAUUUGACAUCCAUUAUUACACAUGCGGUGGAUGUCACGUGCUUCUAAACGUUGAUACACGUGCUCAUGAUGACUCGUCGAGCGUAUUGAGGAAUGAUGAUAUAAGUGCUACACCACUUGAGAAACUUAUACAUACUAAAUGGCAAGAUGCGAAAAUCACUUGGACGGGGAAUGCUCCAUAUGUCGGAGAACCGGCGAAGUAAAAUAUUAUCAUAUUUUGAUUAGAU